CAAGGUCAAGCAUGACGUUCACUCUACCGGAAGAUACGAUUCCUAAGCUGAAGCUGUCCAAGACACUUCGAGCGGCGCUGAUUCAUGAGGCCGAGAGUAUCGUGUGCGAAACAAUUCAAGCGAAUGACGCAUUUCUAAAUGAUGGUUCUUGCUUCCCUGCUUCUGACUGGCGAUUCGUACGAGCAAAGCAAGGGCUGAAUGUGUAUUGCCAACGGGCAGAGUCCAUUAAACGGUCUUCCUCGCGGAAAACGGGGCUGGUUUCGCCCUUAUCUCCAGGCAUAACGCGGGAUUCAUCAAUGACUCUUUCGCGUUCCGAGAAAUCGAAGCGAACAGGGAAAUCCCUCAUGGUCUUACACGGAGCUAUCGAUGGGAAUCUCGACGACUGUAUGUUCGGCUCCUUUGCUACUACCGAGGAGACGUGGAGGUGGAGGAGCUCGUACGUUUACGAGGGACUCGACGAAGCUCGACUGUUGGCUACAAUCAGAGGACCGACUCCCGAAGAUCCUUUUCGCUUUCUGGGUCUCAAGUGGUUCACAAAAGAACUCCCAUCCGUACUGUCGGGGAUUAUGCAGCAGCGAGACUUUCUCAUCAUCGAGGCUACGGGACUCACGCGUGACUCAAACGGUGAACGAGUUGGCUACUUUCUGAUGCACUCGAAAGCUCACAUGGCUCGUCAAGAACAAGCAGGAGCGAAUGUCAGCGAGACGUUGUCGAACGCGUCGACAGAGUGGCGCUUUCCCUCGUUCCACGCGCUGUCAGGUAUGCGAUAA